UUAUGCUUUUGUCGUAAUGGGUCUACACGUGGGACUAAAUACCGAACGCUUUUCGGAGACAAGGAGAAGACAAAAUUGAGUCAUACGUUUAUUUUUUGAAAAGUAGUAGAGAACGUGUCAUAGCGAAAAUGAUGAACUAGGUAAACCUAACUUUGUAAAUGAUUAUUGAUUAUCCUACAGAGAACGAGUGAAUUACAAGUGGUGGACAGUGACUUAAGUUAAUAAUUACUAAUACAAGGCGUGCUCGCUGUGACGUCAUCAGGAGGUCGUGGACGACCACAGCCAGGAAUCUGGCGCUGGCUUGUGAUGUCACCUUUUGUACAAAGUUAACGGCCGACGCUGUAACGGGCGACAAAUUUGACAGAACCGCUGCGUGCGCUCCUGUAUAUGUAUGGUUCAACGGUGUGUAAUGUAUAUAGUGGAUGAACGAAUGGACAACUCGGCUCACCUGUGACGUCACAUCCCUGCUUGCAACAACCGAAGUCAUUCGAAAUGGAGGAUAAAAGUUUUCAGAGGCUGGACCUCAUUCAUGAAGCGGUAAAAACACGCUUCAGCCAAAUCUCUGCAGCUCAGUGGACUCUUCUGGUGGCGGGAACCCCGGACCUGCAGACCAAAGCCAUCUUGGCUGACACCAUUAGUGAUGUUAUCCAGAAGCUCUCCUCUGAGGUAAUGCAUCGUCUGCUGCCUGCUAUCAGCGAUCACCUGCGCGGGCAAGAGUCUCAGGCUCAGAAGUAUGAGGGUGCCGGGGAGCUCACCACACUGGUGGAGUCGGAGGUGAAACAUCGGGUGACCUCAGCCUUCUCCGUGGCUCAGCGAUCUACAGAGUGGCCGUCGGAGCCCACCCUCUUCAUUCGCAGCAGUAUGUCCAGUGUGGACACACUGUCCUCCAUCUUUCGGCAGGCUGUGGAGUAUUUGAGGCAGGCAUUCCUUCGAGCGCGUACGCCAUGCAUGGUGCUGUGUGGCCAUUGUACCAUGAAGAAGAACGACAUGACUGACGCUGUGAGGGGUAUCCUCUUAAAGUGGUGCAACAAAGGCAAGAAGACCAAUGAUGAUGUGGACCCAGUUGCCAUAGAAAGCGCUCAGAUGGUGGCAAUGGACAUCACCAAGAGCAUCAUCCAGGAACCCUCUCAGGGCUCAGGAGACACAUCUGGCUGCAUGGAAAGCCACUUGUCUCGCAUAAACCUCAACCUGAAGCUGAUCGCCAACAAAGUCAAGAAUUUCUUCAAGUCGCAGGAGAAGCCCAGCGUGGAUGGUCAGGUCAAACAGCGCAGGUUCCGCUUCUUCAAGUUUGCACGCUUGCAGUUUUCACGCAUGCUGGGAGGACUAAAACGAGCCUUUAAGAACCAAGACGCAUGUGUGGUGGCCCUCAAGCCAGAGCACCAAGAUGAGAAGAACGCACAGUCUUCCAGAGGGGACACCAAAGGUGCCUUUCGGACGAGCACCUUACAUGUCAGGCUUUCGCAGCGUCCAGAGUUGAAGUUCGAGUCCAUCCAAGACAGGGUGGCCAAGCUGUUCGAUGAGUUCAGCCAGAUGGAGCCGGAAGCUCUUGAGAACAAAAUCAAGCGCUAUAUGGAUGAGAAGUUGAAGGGCUUUUCUGAAGAACUCACCUCUCAAGUGUACGAGUACAUCAUGUCUUGUCACAGUGAAGUAUACGAGGUGCCCUCCAGCCGUUCCAACACUCCUUUUAUGGACUCGCUCCUGUGGGGGCGACCAGGUAAGAAACAUUGGGACGGUCAGACCCUUUCUUCUGAAGUCUUGUAUGCGAUGACGGAGGACGCGGUCUGGAAGUUCUUGCAGCAGCUGGUUCUCUGGAUGGAGACUGAACCACAAAAUGAAGAGACGUACGCCGACGAAGUGUCCGGUGCCGUUAGCGAGAUCAAUAGACUGGUGGCGACCGCCCUCAACACAGACGAAGAUGCCGAGAAGGUGGUAACCCCCAAAAAUAGGCUCCUUGUGGUGGAGGACAACACAUCUCCCAAAAUGGACUCUCAAACGACUUUCUCAGCAGUGUCGGGUUUGGCCACUCCCCAAAUACCAGCAACGUCGGGAACAGAUGUUUCAAAAAGCCCAUUGUCGAAGUUGUCUCCUGUGUGGGAGCGUACCCCUUCCUUCAAUGCAAAACUGACACAACUCCUGGCCUACACGCUGACUGCGCAGCUGGGACAGAGCCUCCCAAGCAAAUCCAAGAAGUCUCUGAAGACAGACGCCCUCCUCCCGGUCAUUGAGCAUCUGUCAUCCAGGGCCAUGGAGGAAAUCAGCCCCCAGCACAUCGACAACAUCCAAACCUUGGCCAACUUGGAGGAGGUGAUCACGCCCGUGGUCAAGAAGCUCCUAGUGGACUAUGCCUCUCCAGACAAGCUGGUUGAGGCCGCGGUGGCGAAUGAGCCAUCUUUCGAUGACGCUGUUUUCAAGCACCUAAAAGUCCACCUGGACGCCUUCAAAGAUCAGCCCGAGCCCAAUAAGAGCCAGAGCUUCUUUUCGUCUGUGACCAAGCUCUGCUUUGGCUCCAGGUGACCUUGUUUUCAAGAAGCCCUCUCCUUCCCAGGACACUUUUAGGAUAUCGGACUUUGCCAACAACACUCGCCACUCUAUAUGUAGCAUCCAUGUUUCACCCUGACACAUUUGCUCUCCUUGCUUAGACAUCACUUGAAAAUGUAGUUUAAGCAAAGACAACAUGAGCUCUUUCGCAUUUAAGUUUGGGAGAAUAUUUUCACUAUUUGCAUGUCAAUGUAAGGUGUGCAGUAGUGCCCCUGCAUGACGCUGGACAGAACAAAGGAAACUCUGCUGCUAGGGAAAAUGUUGUCAAACAUUAAAAUAAAUAAAUAAAGAGGAAUUCUGUGUGGUUGGGGUGGGGAUAAUCACAGAUGUAAUACAUUUUAACCAGACUUUUAUUCGUCAUAAAUUGUAGUUUUAACGACAAAAGUGAACUCCUACAGUUCAAGGUUACACUAGAACA